UCGCUGGAGAAUGACUAAUUUGUUAACUAUAUUGAAUGUCGAGCUAAUUACACACUAACAGUAACAACAAUAAAGUGCAUCUUACGUUCAAACACUGACGACCACUGUGUGCAAGGCGACGACAACAAAAACAACAUGAAGAAACAGUUUGCAAAAAUAAAAAUUGCCGCUGAAAAUUUAAGGUCAAAUAAAACGGACUGCAAAGAUUAUGAACUGGAGACGAUUGAAAAGCAGGUGGAUAGAUACCGUGAUACCAUUGAGAAAAUAGUUCGUAAGCUGCCAGCGCUGAGUAGCAGCAGUAGCAGUAGCAGCAACAACAAUGGAACAGUUACCAUUGAGGAGCACGAUAAACGCAUCAAAAAGAAUACGCACUACAAAAUAGGCCAAACAUUGGAUGAGUCCGCUCAAAUGUUGUCCAAGGAUAUGGCAUUGCAAAAGGUGCUGGCAAAUUGCGGCGAGCUGGAGAAAACAAUUGCCGAGUGCAUCAUCGAAAAUGAGUUGGAAACGGAGACCAAAGUUGUGCGACGUUUAAGACAUAUCUUGGAAAAAGAAAUACAAGAGAUCUCAAUAUCAAAGCGGAAUGUCUCGCGCACAUUACAGGAAUAUACAUCACUAAAGCGCAGUUAUGAGACCGCCCUGAAGCUGGAUGAGCCCGCUGCCAAAGUGAAUCACAUUAAGAGCCAGCAGGAGGAAUGUGAACUGAAGCUGGAAAAGGAGCGCGAUGCUUGGGCAGCGCAAAUGCUUGAGCUGAUUGCCAAAGAGGAUGAGAUUGUCAAUUGCAUACGUGAUUAUGUGCUGAACCAAAGAAAUUAUCACGAGCGUGCGUUGCAGCAUGUGAAUGCCUCAUUGGCGCGCAUUCAGGACACCAUACAGGGCACCGAAAAGUCACGCUUUGGCACCUCACUGAAGGAGCAUCUCAGCUCAACGCAUCGUGAGAUUUCCUACAUUGUCGAGCUCUGUUGUUGCUGCCUGCUGGAGAAUGGACUCGAUGAAGAGGGGCUGCUGCGCGUGGGCUGUGCCAGCACUAAGCUGAGACGCAUGAAGCAUGCGCUGGAGGCGCAACAUGUAAAGACCCCGUUACCAGUCGAAUAUCAAGACCCCCAUGUGAUUGGCUCCAUACUGAAGCUCUAUUUGCGGGAGCUGCCCGAGCCAUUGCUCACCUAUGCCCUCUACAAGGACUUCAUACGGAUUGCGGAGCGCCACAGCGAGGCGGAACGCAAAACGGAGAUUAAAGCCAUUCUAGGCAAGCUGCCCAAAGAGAAUUAUGCGAACCUUCGCUAUCUCACGCGCUUUCUCUGGCUAGUCAUGCAGCGUUCCGAUCAGAACAAGAUGAGUUCCCAGAACCUGGCCAUUGUUAUGUCCCCCAAUAUGCUGUGGCCACGCGUCGACAAGAGCAGUAAUGCCCCCGCGGACUAUUUGGGUCAAGUGAAUAGCUCAUCGGCGGCGAAUAUUAUUGUCGAGCUCUUGAUCAGUCAGUGGGAGUAUUUCUUUGAUGGCGAAGUCGAUUUCUUUGUCACGCUGCAGCGACUUAAACUUUUCGUGGAGGGCAAAAGCAAAUCGAAUUCAUCGAACGAGCAUUUAGAUAAACAUGACGGUGAAGUUCUGGAGAGUCCGCGUUAUGGCACGUUGCGUCGCCAAAAACCAAAUGCGCCCUCGCCGCCGAACAAGAAUGAUGCCACGCCACAUGCAAAUACAAAUGGAGGCAGCAUGGAUAGCGCACAUCGUCCGCAUGCCAAGGAACUAUUCCCACAGCAGCAGGAGCGACAGCCAGAGAAGCCCGCCAAGCCGCCGCUGCCAAAUCUGCCGCAGUUCCAGCAACACCAACAGCAGCAGCAGCAGCAACAACCCUCGCAGACUCAACUGGAAGCUCAAGCACCGCCGCCUUUAACGCCCGCCAAACCCGUGCCAAUGACCCGCACCCAAUUCUUUGGCCUGGACAAUUUGCCUUCGCCAACGGCAGAUCGGAAGAGCACAGAUAGCAUUGGCUCCUUCAAGCUGAAGCCCGAUUUGCCACAGAAACCACAACUGCCAAAGCGACCCGCAGUGCUGAACUUUGGUGGAGCGCCCAGUGGCAACAAAAGCGAUGAUGAAGGCACAACAACACCUACGCAGGCACAAAUAGAUAACAAUGGCGGCUUGGUGAGGUAUACGGCGGAAAAAUUUAUUGAUAAGUUGCGGCAGGAAAAUUGUGAUACGAAUGGAGGUGGCGGUGAAUUACUUGGCGCUUUCACGAAAAAGGAGACAAAGGAGCUCAAUAAUCACAAUAACCAUGAACAAUUUCUGUCAGCAGAGCAGCAGCCGCCACAACAGUCAACAACAACAACAACAGCAGCAGCAGCAACUACAAUUACGACAAGCAAUAAGGAGCAGCAGCCAACACCAACCACGCCCAUAUCGCCAAACUCAUUUCAAACGCCGAAAAGGCCAACGGUGCCAGCGCCGCCACCGCCCACAAUACGCAAGCAGGCAGACUAGUUCUUCAAAAAACUUUAAUUUUGUAUUUAGACUCAUGCAAGGCAAACAAAAAAUAAUAUACAAUAUUAAUAGUCAACAGACUUGUUGUUGUUACCGCAAUGAAGUUGCGUUGGCCACAGACUCGAGCACGCACAGUAUGUAAUUAAUUUUUUAAAAGGCAGUCAAACUAUAAUAAAAAGGCUAACGCCAACGCUUGCAACAGCAAUAACAAGAAUAAGAGGAGCAAGGAGAUAAAAAUUGUUAAAUAGAAUGCAACAAAUUUAGUUUUGUGUGCAUUUUGCAUUUGUAUUUUGAAAUGCUUUGCAUUGCAGUUUAAUUUGUAUGUGUUUAGCCAUAUAACUACUAUAUGCAUAUAUCAAAUGAUAUCGCUAUCUAUCUAUAUAUAUACCUACAAAUAUAUAUACAUAGUAUGUAGUCUGUAACUCAUUUGUGGAAAAUCCACAAAACUUAAUAUUUAAAAUGCUGCUGCCCACUGAACGCAAACCCCAAGUCGACAGUUUUUAAUUUUGUUAAACAAUGAAAAUCCCUUAUUUAAGGUUGUGAUAGAAAACAGAAGAAGCAAAAAGGUUUGUGUUUCCUUUAAUUUUUGCUUUGCUUUUGUAACAUUGUACGAUGAAAGACAACGUCUCAUGUGAUUUUUAGUGAAGCAGAGGAAAGAAUUUAAUUUGAAUUGAAAAUUGAUUUUUCUUUAAUGUGUAAUUCGGGCGAAUGAUACAACAUGGAACCAAUGUAUUCUAAAAUAUUUU